AUGCAGCCUGAUGGCGUCCCCCUGGCUGGGAUCAAGGAGGCAGCCUCCGCGGGUCCCCGGCACCCCGAACUCUUGGCUUCCCCUGCUGCGUUCGAUGCUGUAUUAACACAGCCUCUGCUGACGCUCAAUGCCAGUGACAACCAUGAGUGGAAAAAGCUAAUUAUGGUUCACCACUGGCCCGUAACAGUGUGCAAGGAAGUUGGAAAGGACUGCAGAGACCCUCCGGACUACUGGACGAUACACGGAUUAUGGCCUGACAAAGCGGAAGAGUGUAACAGAUCGUGGCACUUUAACUUCCAAGAGAUUAAGGACCUCCUGCCAGAAAUGAAGAUGUACUGGCCUGAUGUGCUCCAUCCGCUAAAUCACAGCCAUUUCUGGCAGCACGAGUGGGAGAAGCACGGCACGUGUGCGGCCCAGGUGGACACCCUCAACUCUCAGAAGAGAUACUUCGGGGGUGGCCUGGACCUGUACCAGAAGCUGGCGCUUAACAGCAUGCUCCAAAAGUUGGGAAUAAAGCCGUCUAUCAAUUACUACCAGAUUUCAGACAUUAAAGACGCCCUUGCCAGCAUAUAUGGAGUCAUCCCUAAAGUCCAGUGCCUUCCACCAGAAUCGGGUGAGGAGGUGCAGACCAUCGGCCAGAUAGAGGUGUGCUUCACCAAGGGGCUGCAGCUACGCAACUGCACGGAGCCCGGGGAGCCCGAGGAGCCCGCGUCCCGCCGGCCCGGAGCGGGGGGCCCGGGGCUGGAGGUCUGUGAGGACGGCCCCGCCUUCUACCCCCCACCCGACGAGACUCGGAAACACUGAAAAGCGGGAGAGUCACAGACGGCCGCGUGUCUACAAGCAGCUCCAGAGCGGAAGUGUCUGUUCACGGCCGUCCCUCCCGGGAGCCUGUCUGUUUCGCCGUCUUCGCCGCCGGGAGCCGAUCCGCAGGCCCCGCAGGGCCGGGUGCAGCGUGGGGACACGGAGGGGAGGAAAUGGCUUAGGCCUUCGCCCGCUCUGCGGUUGGAAUAAAGGAUACAGAUUU